UUGCUUAAAUGAAUAUCGAGAUUGCCUAUGAGAAAUCUGUUGCGUUAGAUGUAAUGGACCGCAGCGCGAACGUGAACAAAAGCCCGUCGACGAGGUGCGCAAAACGUCGGAACUCCGCAAUACCACCUUAAAUAGGCGCCUCGCAUAGGCGCAGAGCGUAGCGGAUGGCUGUCUUCGGAAAGUAGUCCACCUUAAGCGCACAUAGUGGGUAAACGCAGGCGUAGAGCGAGGCUUCCGCUUCAUUCCCAGCCGGGCUCGGAGCGGAUCACUUCGGAGACAAGAGAGAGGCGCUCGGCCAAAGCCAACGGAACCAGUGCUGCAACAUGUCGGAGCCGAAAUACCGAGAAUGGAUCCUGGAAACCAUCGACUCCCUGCGCUCGAGAAAAGCCCGACCGGACCUGGAAAGGAUCUGCCGAAUGGUCCGAAGAAGACACGGGUCAGACCCGGACAAAACCAGGGCUGAACUAGAAAAACUGAUCCAAGAGCAAACUGUGCUGAAAGUUAGCUACAAGGGGUCCAUUUCGUACAGGAACGCUGCCAAAGUGCAAAGAAAAUGCAGAAAGAGAGCGGAGCCAACCACCGACAGCAGCAGCAGCGGCGAGUCGCUGGGUGAACAGAGCAAACACGCCAGUUUCAAUAACAACGGCGACAGCGCGCUCAGCCUCACGGACCAAGAAGAGUGCGAGGAUAAAGAGCCCGAGGAACGCGGGGUGAGCCCGUGCCCCGACCCCCUGCCUCAAACCUCGCCCUCGACGCUCGAGAAGGAAGACAAGAUUUUACCACUACCUAGCGGAAACAGUUUUGUUAGUUGUGGCGCAACGGGCCACUCCGCCGGGAGCGUGAAAGCAAGUGCAUCGAAAGACAAGAGAUUAGUCGAUGUGGCGGGUGGAAGCGGCUCCUCUCUCCAGCGCGAUGCUGCCUCUAGUGCGAACAGACGGGCCGAAGGAGACAAGGCGCUCGGCGCCGGCCACGAGGACAGUGAGGAUGAUGAGAGAGAGGAGAAAACUUGCCCGAGCGUCAGUUCGGCCGUCAGCAGUUCGCCCAAGCUCCCCGCGGCCCCCAAACCCAAACUCAAGGUGGGGGCAAAGGGCUCCGGUGCGCGCUGCUCCGACUCCCCGGAGGAGAGCAGCGUCGAUCUGGGCGACAGACUGGUUGCUGCGGUCCGAAGUCUGUCCGAGAGGCACCGGGGCUCCGCCGCAACACGGGGCCACGCACCGCCCGGGCUCAAAGAGAUCCUCGGCUACCUCAGCACGCAGCGAGGGAUGCCCGGGGAGAAGCUGACCCGCAACCGCGUCAAAGUGGUGCUGGAGCGGGAGAUCGAGAGGGGUCGCCUCCGCAGGACCCGCCUCGGCCACAUCACUCUUCCCGCGAGGGGGAUGGGGGCGGCCAAGCCGUCCGCUCGACUCCUGAAGAGCGCACUGCAGGACGGACAUCUCGCGAAAAAGCAAGAGGUGAAGGAGGAAGAAAGGAUGGAGGUGGAGAGUGAGGAACAUGACACAGAGGAAAACAGAGUGGGCUCAAUGGAGGAUGCUCCUAAGACCAUCACUGAUGGAGGUCCCACAGGUGUCAAAACCUGCACUGACCCAACCUCACCUGACGUGGAGGUCGAGCCCGAUAACGGCACCGACUCACCAAUGACGUCUGAGGGGAAAUCCCAGUCAUCUUCAUCGCUGGAGACGUCAAACCAGUGCUCCUUACAGCAGGAAGUAGACGUGGGUGGAAGCGAAGAGCAGACAAUGCCAGUCGAGCCUGAAGAUGCUGGUGCUGAGAAAAACGCAGAUGCGCCUGAUCAGCUACAUCCCAGCACUGAGGUAAUGUCUGAGGAACAGGUAAUUGUGAUGGCAGAGACUGUAAAGGCUCCAUCGUCAAUACCUCUAAGAAACUGUUCAGGCUGUAAGCUGGAAGUGGGAGUGUCGUCAUGUCUGCUGACCCCCUCUGCCUCACCAGGAGCAGCUGAAGAACGAGGGAUGAAUGAAGGAAUAGGUGGCUUUGUGAAGUCGGAGAUGAGUGGCAUGAGCCCGGUGGACUGGACUGUAGCAGACGUGGCCAGCUACUUCACCGCGGCCGGAUUUCCAGAGCAGGCGCUCGCUUUCAGGACACAGGAAAUUGAUGGAAAGUCCCUCCUUCUGAUGCAGAGGAAUGAUGUGUUGACAGGCCUGUCAAUCAGACUCGGUCCCGCCCUGAAGAUCUACGAAAGACACGUGAAGGUUCUGCAGAGGACCCAUUUCCAAGAUGAUGAAGCUUUCUGCUGAUGCACACACUUACUUAUAUAUUAGCUACUGUACAUGACCAAGUUACUCGCAUGUACAUAUACCAAACGAUAUUUACUCGUACCAGAACGUGACUGUUCAGGACAUCCUGAACACAACAGUUCUUGUUUUCCUCAAACACAUAUGUAUAUAUUUUUUCAAUCAGUAAUCCUACAGCUAUUGGAAAGUACUUCGGCCUAAAAAAAAAAAAAAACAUGAGUAAAGUGAACCGAACUAAGCAGAAGCAUAGACGAAGAAGACUGAAAAAAGUUUCUUUUUUAAGAAGCGUCAACCAUUUUCUGGAAAGACUGCACAGUUCUGUGCAGUUAAUGCUGCUCUGAUGGAUACCACUGUUUGGAUUGUGACAUUUGACCCUGAAUUCAUUUCAUCAAGUGGAUUUUUUUUCUGUAGUACUUAUUCAGUCCAGUAGAGGGCAGACCAUUGUUUUUUUUGGGGUUUUUUUUUGACCUUACUGGUUUCAAGAUUGUCUCUGCUGGAGGGUUUCCACCGCGCCCAGAACUUUUUGUUAAAAUAUUUCCUCCAGAGUUAAAAAAAAAAAACUGUCUGGUUACAGUUUGAAAGAAGUACAUUCUGAUUGGAUAUUUGUUCUUUACACUUUUGCAAUGACACUGAAACCCUUGUCUUCCCUCGCUGACGGACUGAUUUUUUUUCCUGACAUUUUGAAAUUAUCUUGAACAUCUAAUGUUCCUUCUAGUUUUCUUGUGUUUUGCAGCGUUAUGUUAGAAAAAGUAAAAAAACUGUAUGUUUACGCAGAUCUUCUGCGCACAAUCAAGUGGGCACAUCUCACUGAGGAUCUCCCUUUAAAGUGACUUUGACUCCUUUAAUUUCGGAUUUGCCAGCCAUGACUUUGUGGCCCCACAUGUGGAAAAUCGCCAUUGAUAACUGAGCGCAACUUUUGUACAUAUGAAUCAGUUUUUUAAGGUGAAGUCCAAGUUGCAAAGCAAUGACGAUAUUCUUUCACCAGCAGUUGAAGAAUGUGUCUGAAUGUCCUCAAAUGCACAGAGAGCCCCGAAGCCAUGCAGCUCUUGAACUUUACAGUUUGUAAAAUAUAUAUAUAUAUAUAUAUAUAUAUAUAUAUAUAUAUAUAUAUUAGCCCAUAAGAUGAAUAUUGUUGGAACUGAGAAAACAAUUUGUGUAAAACAAUCAAAAAAUAAUGGAAGGGUCCAUUUCACAAAUGACAGGAACUGACUUGUGAGAGAAGAGAUGUGGAAAUGUUAACCUGCCCUUUAGCUCUGAUGUCUUUUGCGUCGUUAAACUGAUCGCACAUACCGAUGGACCCAUCACGCUUGUAAAUGGGACUGUUACUGAUUCUGUUACGAAAGGCAGGUGUGAAGAAACUCUGAAUGAGUUUAAAUUGCUCAGUGCAAUAGGUCAGUCUCAUUUCAGAUUAUAAGAACCUUUGUUUUGCCUGACAA